CCCCCUUCUCUCCUCCUCUCUCCCUCCUCCUCUGCCUCCAAAUGAUGCUGGAAAAUAUAUUGUCUUUUCAUUUUUAUACAGAUGAGUAGAAGAACAAGGAGUCAAGAACAACACACAAAUCAGAAAGAUGAGUUCAUUUGAGCCAGCAUCAUUAUUGGUAACCCUGGACAAAGUGCUAUAGGGCAGUUUACUUUGGGCUGGAAGGUAAAACAUGCUGCAGGACUAAAAUAAUAGCUAGCCUUGACCUAGUAGGCUACCGCUGUUUCCAGUUCUUGGCCAGUUCUAAGUUUACCAGUAAAAAUAAUCAAUAAUGCCAAUAUUGUUAGCUACACAAGUAGUGAAUAGCAGAAGGAAGCAUUACAUUCACCUCACUGAUUUGGGUAAAAUUGAAUUUCUUGCAUUUCACCUUUUUUGCUGUCUAUCUGAUCUGCUGUCAAAAAGCCCGCGCUGUCAUUUGAAAAAUGCAGCAUUGGUCCAACCAACCAAAACAAGCCAAUAACAGCCGUAAAUCAAGUUGAUUUUUGAAACAUUAUACCAUGUUCCAAUGCCAAAAGAGAAAAGAUUGAUUGACACAUAAUCUGUUUGAAAUACACCCAAUUGGGUUUAAACGAAGGCGGGCUCAUUCAGGGGCCUAUAUGAUCGUGAAUCGGCGAUGUUUUUCAAUAUUUCGUGCGGUUAACCGUUGAAAGUCGCAUAGCCAAGGCAGACUAGCUAGCCAACUGUCGAACAAAUUUUUUAAAAACAUUAAUUAGCUACAGGUCUUACUUAUAAUCAACAUGCGUGAGUGCAUUUCUAUCCACGUUGGUCAGGCCGGUGUUCAGAUCGGGAAUGCCUGCUGGGAGCUGUACUGCUUGGAGCAUGGGAUCCAGCCCAAUGGUCAGAUGCCCAGCGACAAAACCAUUGGCGGAGGGGACGAUUCCUUCAACACUUUCUUCAGCGAGACUGGAGCGGGAAAACACGUCCCUCGUGCAGUGUUUGUUGACCUCGAACCAACUGUUGUUGAUGAGGUCCGCACUGGGACAUACCGUCAGUUGUUCCACCCGGAGCAGCUCAUCACCGGUAAGGAGGAUGCCGCCAACAACUAUGCUCGUGGCCACUACACUAUUGGCAAGGAGAUCGUGGAUCUGGUGCUGGACCGAGUUCGCAAGCUGUCGGACCAGUGCACUGGGCUUCAGGGCUUCCUGAUCUUCCACAGCUUUGGUGGUGGAACUGGCUCCGGCUUUGCCUCUCUGCUCAUGGAGAGACUGUCUGUGGACUAUGGCAAGAAGUCCAAACUGGAGUUUGCCAUUUACCCCGCCCCUCAGGUGUCCACAGCUGUGGUGGAGCCCUACAACUCUAUCCUGACCACCCACACCACCCUGGAACACUCGGACUGUGCCUUCAUGGUCGACAACGAGGCCAUCUAUGACAUCUGCCGUCGUAACCUGGACAUUGAGCGCCCCACCUAUACUAACCUCAACAGGCUCAUUGGCCAGAUUGUCUCCUCCAUCACCGCCUCACUGCGUUUUGAUGGAGCCCUCAACGUGGACCUGACUGAGUUCCAGACCAACCUUGUGCCAUACCCCCGUAUCCACUUCCCCCUGGUCACCUACGCACCUGUCAUCUCUGCUGAGAAGGCCUACCACGAGAUGCUCUCUGUGGCAGAGAUCACCAACGCCUGCUUCGAGCCCGCCAACCAGAUGGUGAAGUGUGACCCUCGCCAUGGCAAGUACAUGGCCUGCUGCAUGCUGUACCGUGGGGAUGUGGUGCCCAAGGACGUCAACGCUGCCAUCGCCACCAUCAAGACCAAACGCACCAUCCAGUUUGUCGACUGGUGCCCCACCGGCUUCAAGGUAGGCAUCAACUACCAGCCACCCACAGUGGUGCCAGGUGGAGAUCUUGCCAAGGUCCAAAGAGCCGUGUGCAUGUUGAGCAACACCACAGCCAUCGCUGAGGCCUGGGCUCGGCUUGACCACAAGUUUGACCUGAUGUAUGCCAAGCGUGCCUUUGUGCACUGGUAUGUGGGAGAGGGUAUGGAGGAGGGUGAGUUCUCCGAGGCCAGAGAAGAUCUGGCUGCCCUGGAGAAGGACUACGAGGAAGUGGGAGUGGAUUCAGUGGAGGGAGAGGCUGAGGAAGGAGAGGAGUACUGAACCCUGACCUGAUAGCAAAUUCUUUACUGUUGAUUGGCAAUUUUAAUACAAGUUCUGUGUUUUUGGUCCAUUCUCCUGUGGAUUUUUCCCCACAUGAUUUGCAAAAAAAGUUGUUUUAAGUUUUCAAAACCUUUUUUUGUAAGCAGGAAAAUAUACCUUCUUUUUUUGCAAAGUUAUUCAUUUAAACAAUAUCUGCACAGAAUAUAUAACUCACUAUGUCCAGUUGAUAGAAACAAAUGGAGACUACUGGGACAUUAGGCAGAGCACACAUAAGUAUCAGUUAUAAAACAUGUAUUGAAUAAAUGGAAAAUGGUCAAGUCAA